AUGUCCUUGGGAGGACUGUGGCUGGGCGGCGCGGUACUCAGGGCGCCGCGGUACUCAGGGCGCCGCGGAACUCAGGGCGGCGCGGAACUCAGGGCGGCGCGGUACUCAGGGCGGCGCGGUACUCAGGGCGGCGCGGUACUCAGGGCGGCGAGGUACUCAGGGCGCCGCGGAACUCAGGGCGGCGCGGUACUCAGGGCGGCGCGGUACUCAGGGCGCCGCGGAACUCAGGGCGGCGCGGUACUCAGGGCGGCGCGGUACUCAGGGCGCCGCGGAACUCAGGGCGGCGCGGUACUCAGGGCGCCGCGGAACUCAGGGCGGCGCGGUACUCAGGGCGGCGCGGGACUUAGGGCGGCGCGGAACUUAGGGCGGCGAGGGCCCCGUGGUACUCAGGGCGCCGUGGUACUCAGGGCGCCGCGGUACUCAGGGCCCCGUGGUACUCAGGGCGCCGUGGUACUCAGGGCGCCGCGGAACUCAGGGCGCCGCGGAACUCAGGGCGCCGCGGUACUCAGGGCGGCGCGGUACUCAGGGCGCCGCGGAACUCAGGGCGUCGUGGUACUCAGGGCGCCACGGUACUCAGGGUACUGUGGUACUCAGGGCGCCACGGUACUCAGGGUACUGUGGUACUCAGGGCGCCGCGGUACUCAGGGCGCCGUGGUACUCAGGGCCCCGUGGUACUCAGGGCGCCGCGGAACUCAGGGCGGCGCGGUACUCAGGGCCCCGUGGUACUCAGGGCGUCGUGGUACUCAGGGCGCCACGGUACUCAGGGUACUGUGGUACUCAGGGCGCCGCGGUACUCAGGGCCCCGUGGUACUCAGGGCGCCGCGGUACUCAGAGCGCCGCGGUACUCAGGGCGCCGCGGUACUCAGGGCCCCGUGGUACUCAGGGCGCCGCGGAACUCAGGGCGGCGCGGUACUCAGGGCGCCGUGGUACUCAGGGCGCCGUGGUACUCAGGGCGCCGCGGAACUCAGGGCGGCGCGGUACUCAGGGCGCCGCGGUACUCAGGGCGCCGCGGAACUCAGGGCGUCGUGGUACUCAGGGCGCCACGGUACUCAGGGUACUGUGGUACUCAGGGCGCCGCGGUACUCAGGGCCCCGUGGUACUCAGGGCGCCGCGGUACUCAGGGCGCCGCGGUACUCAGGGCCCCGUGGUACUCAGGGCGCCGCGGAACUCAGGGCGGCGCGGUACUCAGGGCGCCGUGGUACUCAGGGCGCCGUGGUACUCAGGGCGCCGCGGAACUCAGGGCGCCGCGGAACUCAGGGCGCCGCGGUACUCAGGGCGCCGCGGAACUCAGGGCGGCGCGGUACUCAGGGCGUCGUGGUACUCAGGGCGCCGUGGUACUCAGGGCCCCGUGGUACUCAGGGCGCCGCGGUACUCAGGGCGCCGUGGUACUCAGGGCCCCGUGGUACUCAGGGCGCCGUGGUACUCAGGGCCCCGUGGUACUCAGGGCGCCGUGGUACUCAGGGCGCCGCGGAACUCAGGGCGCCGCGGAACUCAGGGCGCCGCGGUACUCAGGGCGCCGCGGAACUCAGGGCGUCGUGGUACUCAGGGCGCCACGGUACUCAGGGUACUGUGGUACUCAGGGCGCCGCGGUACUCAGGGCCCCGUGGUACUCAGGGCGCCGCGGUACUCAGGGCGCCGUGGUACUCAGGGCCCCGUGGUACUCAGGGCGCCGCGGAACUCAGGGCGGCGCGGUACUCAGGGCCCCGUGGUACUCAGGGCGUCGUGGUACUCAGGGCGCCACGGUACUCAGGGUACUGUGGUACUCAGGGCGCCGCGGUACUCAGGGCCCCGUGGUACUCAGGGCGCCGCGGUACUCAGAGCGCCGCGGUACUCAGGGCGCCGCGGUACUCAGGGCCCCGUGGUACUCAGGGCGCCGCGGAACUCAGGGCGGCGCGGUACUCAGGGCGCCGUGGUACUCAGGGCGCCGUGGUACUCAGGGCGCCGCGGAACUCAGGGCGGCGCGGUACUCAGGGCGCCGCGGUACUCAGGGCGCCGCGGAACUCAGGGCGUCGUGGUACUCAGGGCGCCACGGUACUCAGGGUACUGUGGUACUCAGGGCGCCGCGGUACUCAGGGCCCCAUGGUACUCAGGGCGCCGCGGUACUCAGGGCGCCGCGGUACUCAGGGCCCCGUGGUACUCAGGGCGCCGCGGAACUCAGGGCGGCGCGGUACUCAGGGCGCCGUGGUACUCAGGGCGCCGUGGUACUCAGGGCGCCGCGGAACUCAGGGCGCCGCGGAACUCAGGGCGCCGCGGUACUCAGGGCGCCGCGGAACUCAGGGCGGCGCGGUACUCAGGGCGUCGUGGUACUCAGGGCGCCGUGGUACUCAGGGCCCCGUGGUACUCAGGGCGCCGCGGUACUCAGGGCGCCGCGGUACUCAGGGCCCCGUGGUACUCAGGGCGCCGCGGAACUCAGGGCGGCGCGGUACUCAGGGCGCCGUGGUACUCAGGGCGCCGUGGUACUCAGGGCGCCGCGGAACUCAGGGCGCCGCGGUACUCAGGGCGCCGCGGUACUCAGGGCGCCGCGGAACUCAGGGCGUUGUGGUACUCAGGGCGCCGCGGUACUCAGGGUACUGUGGUACUCAGGGCGCCGCGGUACUCAGGGCCCCGUGGUACUCAGGGCGCCGCGGUACUCAGGGCGCCGCGGUACUCAGGGCCCCGUGGUACUCAGGGCGCCGCGGAACUCAGGGCGGCGCGGUACUCAGGGCGCCGUGGUACUCAGGGCGCCGUGGUACUCAGGGCGCCGUGGUACUCAGGGCGCCGCGGAACUCAGGGCGCCGCAAAACUCAGGGCGCCGCAAAACUCAGGGCGGCGCGGUACUCAGGGCGCCGCGGAACUCAGGGCGGCGCGGUACUCAGGGCGUCGUGGUACUCAGGGCGCCGCGGUACUCAGGGUACUGUGGUACUCAGGGCGCCGCGGUACUCAGGGCGCCGCGGUACUCAGGGCCCCGUGGUACUCAGGGCGCCGCGGUACUCAGGGCGCCGCGGUACUCAGGGCCCCGUGGUACUCAGGGCCCCGUGGUACUCAGGACGUCGUGGUACUCAGGGCGCCGCGGUACUCAGGGUACUGUGGUUCUCAGGGCGCCGCGGUACUCAGGGCCCCGUGGUACUCAGGGCGUCGCGGUACUCAGGGCCCCGUGGUACUCAGGGCGCCGUGGUACUCAGGGCGUCGCGGUACUCAGGGCGCCGCGGAACUCAGGGCCCCGUGGUACUCAGGGUACUGUGGUACUCAGGGCGCCGCGGUACUCAGGGCCCCGUGGUACUCAGGGCCCCGUGGUACUCAGGGCGCCGCGGUACUCAGGGUACUGUGGUACUCAGGGCGCCGCGGUACUCAGGGCCCCGUGGUACUCAGGGCGUCGCGGUACUCAGGGCCCCGUGGUACUCAGGGCGCCGUGGUACUCAGGGCGUCGCGGUACUCAGGGCGCCGCGGAACUCAGGGCGCCGCGGAACUCAGGGCCCCGUGGUACUCAGGGCGCCGUGGUACUCAGGGCCCCGUGGUACUCAGGGCGCCGUGGUACUCAGGGCGCCGCGGUACUCAGGGCGCCGCGGUACUCAGGGUACUGUGGUUCUCAGGGCGCCGCGGUACUCAGGGUACUGUGGUACUCAGGGCGCCACGGUACUCAGGGCCCCGUGGUACUCAGGGCGUCGCGGUACUCAGGGCCCCGUGGUACUCAGGGCGCCGUGGUACUCAGGGCGUCGCGGUACUCAGGGCGCCGCGGAACUCAGGGCCCCGUGGUACUCAGGGCGCCGUGGUACUCAGGGCCCCGUGGUACUCAGGGCGCCGCGGUACUCAGGGCGCCGCGGUACUCAGGGCGCCGUGGUACUCAGGGCGCCGCGGAACUCAGGGCGGCGCGGUACUCAGGGCGCCGUGGUACUCAGGGCCCCGUGGUACUCAGGGCGCCGCGGAACUCAGGGCGGCGCGGUACUCAGGGCGCCGUGGUACUCAGGGCCCCGUGGUACUCAGGGCGCCGCGGGUACUCAGGGCGCUGCGGUACUCAGGGCCCCGUGGUACUCAGGGCCCCGUGGUACUCAGGGCGCCGUGGUACUCAGGGCCCUGUGGUACUCAGGCAGUCUAUGA